UCAAUAAUAAUGCGACACCUAAGUGACUUUACAAAACAUCUUUAUGGAAGCAUCCCAAAAAAUAUAGCUAAACACAAAUCAAAGAAGGUAAAUUGUGUAUAGUGAAAAAAUAGAGUUUUGAGAGAAAAAGUGGUAAUUUACAGCAGAAGUAAUUGAACAAAAAUGUUGUUGACUAUCGAAAGCUUACUCUAACCAACUCUUCUAGUAAAGAUUCGUGAAGAAAAGCAUCUUUAACUAACUAUAACUAACAAAUUAAAAUUCUGUUAGAACUAGCCAUUAGUGUUAGUCAUUAUCAAGCAAUUUUGCUCUCCUUCCUCAAUACCCCCUCAAACUAAAGUUGUUGUAUAGAUAUUAUCUCAGUAUGGGCUGCACAUAUGGAUCGAUAUUCUGCCUCUAUGCUACUCCUACUAACCUUGGUUUGCUUAUUACUCUUCCAAAAUAUGAUAUUAUUAUCCAAAUAAAUACGAAAACCAGUAAUUGACUUCCUAUCUUCAAGAUCCCCUCUCCUCAAUCUGCAUUUACAAAGGAAAGAAUCCUAAAAUUAGUGGCUUUGGAAAACACAAUUCCAUGACUUACUGUACCCUAUAAGUAUCUCAAGAUCUUCUUCACACUUUUCCAAUGUUGCAAUGUCUGGCCUUAUUAUUGUCAAAUACUGAAGAGCUCCUACUGUAGAUUUAUAUUUAGUAGUAUUCUCAAAUAGUUCAAAAUCGCUCAAGUAAAGUUUAGAAUCUGAGGACAUAGGUGUUGGUAAUGGUUUAGAGUUCUCCUUUCCAUAUUUCUCUAGCAUAUUUGGCUUGUGAAAUCAUCAACUCCCUGUGUAGAAGAUAUGCUUUCUCCAAUCCCAGAAAGUAACUAAAUCUGCCAAGAUCUUUUAAAAAAAAGGUUGUUCAACUGUGAUAUUAAAAUUUCAAUGACUUUGGAAUCAUUCUCUGUAACUAUAAUAUCAUGUACAUACAAUAAGAGAUAGGUAAUAUUAGUUUAAGUAUGUCUUACAAAUAAUGAUACAUUUGAUUUAGUAUUUUUAAAUCCAAACUUGUAUAGUGUUGUUGCCAGUGUCUUGAACCAAGCUCGAGGAACUUGUUUCAAGCCAUAUAUGGCUUUAUUAAGUUUACAAACAAGUGUUAUUGGAGCACUCAUAUCUUUGUGCUUGAAGUUUAUAGACAUUCUCUUCAAAUUUUUCAUUCAAAAAGGCAUUGUCGAAGUCGAAUUGUCUUAAUGGCCAACCUAAGGGUAUAGCAAUGAUGAGAAUCACCUUUACUGUGGUUGAUCUGAUCACUGGAGAGUAGAUUUGUUCAUAGUGUACUCCUUCUUUUUGAUGAAAUUCCUUGCCAACUAGCCUUGCUUUAUAUCUCAGAAUAUCACCUUGUUGAUUUCUUUUGAUGGCAAACACCCAUUUACUCCCUAUAAUUGUUUCAUUUACUAGUGCUUUUGUGAGAGUUCAUAUUCCACAUAUGUUCAGUACUUGCAUCUUAAUAUUCAUUGUCUCUUUUUAGUGUGAAUAGUUGAGUGCUUAUUUGACAUUUGAUGGUAUGUUGUUGAUAAGGUCAGGAGUUUGAAUCACUAAUGCUUUUGAUUUGAUGUGGCUAGAUUUGGCUCUUGUAAUCAUAGAGCGUGUGUUUAAUGGUGUGAUGGGGGGAGGCAUACCGCCAUGCCACUUAUAGGUAUAGGAGUUUCUGUGUGCUGGUGAUGAUGAAGAGUUUCUUGUUUUGAUUGUGUAUUAGAAGGUGUAGUAGUGGCACUCCUAUAAGGUCUUAAAAAAGGAAAGUGUGCACAUUCAAACACUUUAAAGAGAUUAAAGUUGAUGAAAUAAAACCUCAUGGACUUUUAUUAUCAACAAUACUUGUUGGAAGUCUAUUGAUUAUUAUAAGACAUCCUCCCAGAAUUUCAUAGGGAGAGAGACUGUUGCUAAAAGGGAUAGAUCCAUUUCAGUAAUAGGAUUUUGACCCUCUAAGGUUUGAAUUUUACCUUAAAGAGACUGGUGUUAGGUGAUGGCUUGCACCAGAAUCUGCAAGCCAUGAGGCUUCACUGACGAAUGAAGAUGGGGAAGUUAGAUAGGCAGUUGAAUGAUGAAAAUUGGCUGGAGGUGGUGGAGGUUGAGCAUUGAUAUAUGGGGUUUGUUUUGCUGAAAAAUUAUUACCAGAAUUUAGGUUGAAAGAUUGGUCAAACCUAUGGUAACAGUUCCACACCACGUGGCCUAACCUCCCACGAAGUUGACAUUGCAUUCUUGAAUUAUUGUUGUUGUUAAAUCCAAAUCUUCCACCUCCUAUAAUGUUUCUUCCACGUCCUCGUCUAUAAGUAUUGCUACGGUUGAAAUCAAAAUUUAGUGAAGAAUUCUACAUAUAAUGAGCUACAUGCAUACCAGAUUCUGACUUCUUGAAGUGCUCUAGCAUUUCUUCGUAAGAAAGCAAGAAAGCUUCAAUCUCUACAAUUCUAAAGGGUCCCUUUUCUGCUGUCACGGAAGAGAUGUAAACUGCAUAUUCUUCAUUAAGUUCUUCAAUGACGGCUUGAAGAUGAUCAUCCUCAAAUACUUCAUAUCCUACAGAAAAUAAUGAAUCCACAAUUUUGCAAAUCUUGGACAAAAACUCAGCAGCUGAACUAGUCUUCUUGCAAGAUCUUAAUUGACUUUUGAGACUUUGUAUACUUGCAGAUAGUCAUCAAUCCUUUCCCAAACUUCAUGAAAUCUAGAGAGGUGAAUGACUUUGUUUUUUAUUCAAUUGGUCUUGGAAUCAACAAGCCAUGUGAAGAAUAUACAAAUAUAUGUGAGAAAAAUAUGUUGAAAACGGUUGAAAGAAAGAAGCUACAACUUGGUUCAGCAUCAACAUCACUGCUGUUUGCCACAAUCCUUGGCAUCAUUCAAGCUGCAGUUCUUAUAUUUGCAGACAAACCCCUAUUAGGUGCAAUGGGUCUCAAACAUGGUUCUCCUAUGCUAGACCCUGCCGUAAAGUACUUGAGAUUGAGAUCGUUAGGUGCACCUGCAAUGCUUCUCUCACUAGCCAUGCAAGGAAUCUUUCGAGGAUUCAAGGACACAAAAACUCCUUUAUAUGUCAUUCUUUUCGGAUAUGCAUUGAAUAUCAGUUUAGACCCACUACUCAUUUUUCAUUGCAAUUUGGGUCUCACGGGUGCAGCCAUUUCACAUGUCGUCUCCCAGUUCUUCAUGGCAUUGAUUCUAUGGAUGAUAUUAAUCAGAAAAAUGGUACUUCUACCACCAGGCUUUAAGAAUUUGCAGAUCUUCAGGUUUCUGAAAAAUGGAGGGAUGUUAUUGGCGAAAGUAAUAGCGGCAUCGUUCUGUGCCACGCUGGCAUCGUCAUUGGCAGCAAGAUUAGGGGCAAUUCCAAUGGCGGCAUUCCAAACUUGCCUCCAAGUGUGGCUCACUUCUUCCCUUAUUGCUGACGGUUUAGCUGUUGCCGUACAGGCAAUUCUAGCAUGUUCCUUUGCUGAGAAAGACUAUGAGAAAGUAAUUGCUGCUGCAGCAAGGACGCUACAAAUGGGGUUUGUUUUGGGAGUUGCUCUCUCUCUUCUUGUCGGCAUUGGAAUGUACUUUGGAGCUGGACUUUUCUCCAAAACUAUCCCUGUUUUGCACAUAAUCAGAAUAGGCCUUCCGUUUGUUGCUGCUACACAACCAAUCAAUUCAUUGGCCUUUGUAUUUGAUGGUGUGAACUAUGGUGCUUCUGAUUUUGCUUAUUCUGCAUACUCCUUGGUCAUGGUGGGAUUUGCAACUGUUGCUUCAUUACUUAUUCUCUCAAAGAGCAAAGGUUUCGUGGGAAUUUGGAUUGCUCUUACCAUCUUCAUGAGUCUUCGCAUGUUUGCUGGUUUUUGGAGAAGAAAAUUCAAGCAGUCACCAAAAACAAAAAAAGAAGAAAAUUCAAGCACUAAUAUAGAACCGAUCAGAAACUAUAAAUGUAUGUUAUCAAGUACUAAACCUAUCACAUCAAGUGGUUAUUGCUUCGGUUACUUAAAUAAUGUUAUAAACUCAGAUGGGGUUAGACAUUAGUCGUUGUC